ACGCUGCAACAGAGAUAUUAACUCUAUGGCAGAUAGAUUGUUGCUUCCAGAAUUGUGAAAGACACCAAGCAUAGUUUUCAACAAUUGACAUGGAGGUUGUUUGUGAAAAAGAAACUGUUUCUUCUGCACGCCCUUCCACCAAACGUAGUUUUCCAUUACUUGAGGAGGAAGUCGUGGGCUUUGAGAAAGAUGCGGAAAGCAUAAUGGAGAGAUUGAUUGGAGGAAUAAAGGAGCUAGAUGUUAUCUCGAUCUUUGGAAUGGCGGGACUUGGUAAAACAACUUUAGCAAGGAAGGUAUACAACAAUCCCUCUAUUAUUAAUCGCUUUGAUGUUAAAGUAUGGUGUACUGUUUUCCAAGCAUAUAAUAGGAAGAAGUUGUUGGCUGAGAUUUUUAAACAAGCAACACGUAGAGAAAUCAAUGAAGAUGAUGACAUAGCUGACAUGUUGCGCAAAAGUCUAAUAGGCAGAAGAUACCUCAUUGUAUUAGAUGAUAUUUGGGAAGUUAAGGCAUUUGAAGAUUUGGGAAUAUGUUUCCCUCAAGGGGAAAAUGGAAGUAGAGUAAUUGUCACAACUCGAAUUGAACAAGUAGCUAAGCAUCUUCAGCACUGCAGUGAUCCUUAUUCUCUUAGAUUUCUAACACCAGAAGAGAGUUGGGAAUUAUUGCAGAAGAAAGUAUUUAGAGGAGAGUUUUGUCCGCCAGAUCUACUGGAAGUAGGGCUACAAAUUGUAAAAAUUUGUAAGGGUCUGCCUCUUGUGAUUGUCGUGAUUGCUGGGAUUCUUGGGAAAAAGGAAAGAGAAGCCUCUUUUUGGCAUGAGGUUGCAAAUGACUUAAGUUCCCUUGCUUUAGGAGAGCAGAGUAUGAAGGUAAUUCAAUCAAGUUAUGACCAUUUAGAAAACCACUUAAAGCCUUGUCUUCUUUACAUGGGAUUGUUUCCGGAAGACCAUAAGAUUCCAGUUUCUGAUUUGCUCAAGUUGUGGAUGGCUGAAGAGUUUGUAUUGAAUGCCGAAACAGAGAACAUGGAAGAAGCAUCUAGAGUUUGCUUGAACGAUCUACUUAAUAGAAGCCUUGUAAUAGUUUCUGAAAGGAAAAUCGAUGGUGACAUAGAAAGUUGUAUACUUCAUGAUGUAGUGCGUGAGUUUUGUUUGAGAAAACUUACAGAAGAAAAGUUUAUGCAGCUUGCAAUGCCAUACAAUCCAUAUCAACAUUUGCAAUAUUCCAAGGACUCACGGUUAUGCAUUUAUAUUCAUGAUGAUCUUGUUAAACAAUUAGAUGAUUCUGAAUAUCAGCUUGAUAAGAUUCCAAUGCUCAAUUCCAAGGAAACAAAUUCUUUGGAGUUCAUUGCUCAUCCAAAAUUCAAUACAUGGAAUAACUGGUCAAAUCCAUUACAUUUACUAGUUAAAUUAAGAUUUGUUCGGGUAUUGCAUUUGUUGGAUGUGGAAUUGCCAAAUUCAUGGGCUACUGCUAUGAAGUCGCUAACUCAGUUGAGGUACCUUGCACUAUAUGUCGAGCAAUUUGAAUUCAAGUGGAUAUCACACCUACAUGAUCUCCAAACUCUACAGCUCCGUUCAAGAAAGAAGUUACACCUAAAGGCUGCUACUUUAUGGGAAAUGACGAAGCUAAGACAUGUGAAUAUAGGCCGUUUUUCCUUUGUAUGGGAAGACAAUGACCAAGGAAUUCUUGAAGAAUCUUCACCAACAAUGCUGGAGAACUUGAAGACAUUUCACACUUGCUGUAUACCCUUGAAUAAUAUGAAUCCAAUGUUUCCGGGGAUGUUUCUGAAUAGUAUACCCUUGACUAAUAUGAAUCCAAGGUUCUGGUGGAGGUUCCCAAAUCUUGAAAAACUUAGCCUCCGCGUUAAAUAUGUACCUGAAUAUCCUUUGUUUCCCAUUCCGGAAGUUCAUACUCGCCUUCAUUCUCUUUCUCUGGUGUUAUCUUUGACGGAAUUCUGGGAUUCAGUUGGAUGGGAGAGCUAUUUUGUCUUCCCUUCAAAUCUUAGGCGUCUGUGCCUUGUUGGCUGUUUCUUGACGGAAGAAAUGGUUUCAAACAUUGCAAGAUUGCGGAAGCUUGAGAGUCUCAGAUUAGAAGGGGGAUUUCCUUUGGGGGAAUCAGGGCACUGUUGGGACGUCAGAAAUGUUGAGUUUCCAGCACUCAAAUACUUGUCAUUAGACAUUGUGCCGAUGGAAGAAUGGAAUGCUUCAGAGGCAUCUUUUCCCUUACUUGAGAAGCUAGUUGUAAAAUAUUGUCGCUACUUCAAGGAGAUCCCUCCUAGCUUUGUUGAUAUUCCAACACUGCAACUCAUUGAAUUGGUUAACUGCAGGGACUCUCUUGGAGUUUCAGCUAUGAAUAUUAAAAAAGAAAUAGAGGAGACCACAGGAUGCAACAGUCUCCAAGUUCUUAUAUCCUAGGACUACGGAAGCUGAUGACAAGCCAGUUCAACAGCAGAGUUGUUCCAUAUGAUCAUAUGGAAAACGAUUGUUAUUGUCUUGCCUUCUGAAGAGUUUUUCAAUUAUCUUUGCAUUAUUCUGUACAUUAUAUGCUUGAGCAAUUUUUUGUAAUGUUCUGUUAUUUUUGUUCUUUGUUAUAGCUAUAGCAUACAUGGUUAAACAAAUGGAAGGAUCGUUCUCAUAUGCUGCUUCAUUCUGUAUAGUUUUCAUGUUAGCUAUUGAUCAUCAACAAGCUAAU